UUGACCACACCCAUAAAUUUUGACUUUCAUCUCUAGCACUGCUUCUUCUCUCCAUAACCUUCCUUGUUUUUAGUAGGUGAUCAUGUCUAAAGCUAUCAAACGGCCUUUACAGGAUGAUAAUGAUUCCAGUGAUACUGAGUCGUCUGUAAAGAGAGGGAGGCUGAGUUCUUCUGGCUCAAGCUCAGAGGAAAGUGACCUUGAUUGGAUCGAAAGUGGAGGGAAGGAGAAGAAAAAUAACAAGAAGCUCCUCACAAAGAGAAAAAGAAUAUCAAAAGCUACUGCUUCAUCUGCUGACAGCGAAGAGGAUAGCGAUGAAAGUGGGUCUAGUGGAGAGUCGAGUGAAGGAGGAGGCAGCGAUGGCGAAGAAGACGUCUCUUCGUCAGACGAAGAACAGAUGACCUUUAAUGAUGGAUUGGAUGAUGAUUUGAUCGGAGAUGACGAGGACAGACGGAAAUUAGCCUCCAUGACUGAAGCAGAGAGAGAGCAGGAGAUUUUUAAGAGGCAUGAGCAACGUGAAAUCUUAAAGGCUCGUUUUGAGGUGGAAAUGCAGCUCAGACUUGGCAAGAAACAAGAAAAGAAAAUGAAGAAGUCUUCAAAGAAGCACGGUCAGUCACGGAGUGGCCUACGUGCCAAAGAGCCAAAGCAAAACAAGACAAUGCGGGCCAUUGACGAACUCAAGGCAAAGAGAAAUGCCGACAAGCAAAAGAAAGCUGCAGCUGCCGAAGCUGAUCAGAAGAAACAAGAACAGCAACAACUUCGACGGGAACCGUUGAAAGUUAACGAAGUCUUUAGCGAGACCUCUGGCGAAUCUGAGGGUUCUUCAAGCUCAGGGGAAGAGGAAUCUGAUGAUGAUACUAAGGAAGAUAAGACGCUGGCUCAACUGAGAUCAGAGAAAAACCGUCCAAUAAACACAAUAGAAGAACUGUCAAAGAUCAAGAUGUCAAGAUUUAGACUUGAAAAGUGGGUCCAUAUGCCAUUCUUUGCUGAUGUCAUCAGGGGCUGCUAUGUCCGGAUUGGAAUAGGGCAACACGAAGGAAGAAUGAUUUACAGGGUGUGUGAGAUCGUGAGCGUUCACGAAACUUCAAAAGUUUACACUCUAGGGGGCACCAAGACUAAUAAAGGGUUAAAAUUAAGGUUCGGCCAGCAAGAGAGAAUAUUCAGAAUGGAGUAUAUAUCAAACAGUGCUUUCACUGAUCAAGAGUUCAGUAAAUGGAAGGCUGAGAAUGAGGCGCAUUCGAUAAAACUGCCAACUCUUUUUGAAGUGGAAAAGAAAGUAAAGGAGAUAGAAAAGUAUAAGAGUGCCAGCUUAAAGGAGGAAGACAUUGAUAGAAUUAUACAAGAGAAGCAAAAGUUCCAAAAGAAUCCACACAACUAUGCACUGACAAAAAAUCGCCUCAUGAGAGAAAAGGAGAUAGCUGAACAGACUGGCUCUACUGAGAAGGCUACUGAUCUAGCAAGAAAACUAGAGGAGCUGGAGGAAAGAGCUGAAGAGUUAGACAAGCAGAGAACAAGAGGACUCUCUGCUAUAAGUUACAUUAAUGAGAGGAACAGACAGAGGAAUGUUGCCAGGGCAGAGGAAGCUCUCAAGGAAGAGAUGGCAAACAUUAAAGACAAAGAGGAAGAUCCUUUUACCAGGAGGAAGUGUAUGCCACGACUAGUGACAUUUGGUAAAGAAGCUGGAAUAAGUGGAGUUGAUGCCACUGAUGGAAGUGCUUCUGCUUCAGUGUCUAAGUCUAAUGGCUCUAAUCAGACUCCUGAUGUUGUAGUAUCAGCAGUAGAUGUUGAUUCUCUCCCUCCUCCUCCUCCCCUUCCUCUGUCUCUUGCUGCCCCUGCUCCUACUGAUUUAUUCUCGGCACAUAACUUUGACAUAAACAUUGACCUACCAAACAAUACAACAGGGCCGGUCGUUAAGGCAUCAUCAAAAACUAUUAGUACUGUCAUAAAGACUGAUGGUCCGAAGCGUUCCCUAAACCUAUCAGAUUAUAAGAAAAGAAGAGGACUAAUAUAGUGUAUAUUAUUGUUAUAGUUUUAGUUUCGACUUUCAUGAUAUUAUUUUCUAUCAAAAUUGUGAGCUUAUAAAAAUUAACGGUAUGCCAAACUUAAGUU